UGACUCCACAGCUGCGCAGCGCAGCGCAGCAGAGACGCACCAGACUCGUUCCCAGCUCCUCUCCUCCUCUCUCCUUCCUCUCCUCUCUCCUCCUCUCUUUUCCUCUCUUUUCCUCUCUUGAUGACCAUCUCGGGCCGGAGGCCGCGGAAACAUGCCGGCUCAUGCCCGCUCCUCGCCCCCGCCGCCGCGGGGACCGCUCCUCGUCCCCGUCCUGGUGCUGCUGGUGCCGGCGCUGCUGUCCGGGACCGCCGGUAUGUCGUUCAUGUACCCCGUCAGCCAGCUCUGUAAGUUCUGUGACCUGGAGUUUUCCCCCUGCGAUGGCACAGGGACCUGCACAUCCAACUGCUCCAUCACCUCCAUCUGUGCUGACGUCAAUGAGGUCUGUGUUGCUAUCUGGAGGACGAAUGGGACAGGCUUCUCUAUCGAAACUCUCUGUCACGACCCGUCCAUGCCUCUCUAUGGGGUUAUGCUGGAUGACUCCAACAGCUCCACCUGCGUGAUGAAGGAGAAGAACUCGACGAGGGGCUUUGCACAUUUCUGCUCCUGUUCAAAGGAAGAGUGCAACGACGAGCUGGUAUUCUCCCCCAUCGUGGAUCCAGCUCCUGAUGAUCCUUUAAUGUCUGUAAUCCUGGUGAGCCUGCUGCCACUGCUGGUAAUGGUGGUUGUGGUUGUUGGCAUGUUCUACUGGUACCGAGUUCAUCGACAACGCCAGCUCCAUCAGUGGGAGAGCAGCAUGAAGAAACGCAAGCCAAGAGCAAGCGGGCUGGACUGCAGCGAUGUCUGCACCAUAAUGGUGGAUGAUGACGGCUCAGACAGCAGCUCGACUCACGCUAACAACCUGAACCACAACACUGAGCCUCUGCCCAUUGAGCUGGAUCAGCUGGUGGGGAAGGGUCGCUUUGCUCAGGUAUACAAAGCUAAACUCAAGCAGACCACCUCUGACCAGUUUGAAACGGUGGCUGUGAAGAUCUUCCCCUACGAAGAGUACGCGUCCUGGAAGAACGAGAAGGACGUCUUCUCCAACACAGACCUCAGGCACGAGCACGUCCUCCACUUCCUGACAGCCGAGGAGCGAAAGGUGGAGAGACAGUAUUGGCUCAUAACUGCCUUCCACCCCAGAGGAAACCUGCAGGAGCACCUGACCCAUCAUGUGAUUAGCUGGGAGGAGCUGCACGUGUUGAGCAGCUCCCUGGCCCGCGGUGUCGCCCACCUCCACAGUGAUCGCCUAGCCUGCGGGCGCCCUAAGCUGCCCAUAGUUCACCGAGACCUGAAGAGUUCCAACAUCCUGGUGAAGAACGACCUGACCUGCUGCGUGUGUGACUUCGGACUGGCCCUCUGCCUGGACAGCAGCCUGUCAGUGGACGACCUGGCCAACAGUGGACAGGUGGGUACUGCACGCUAUAUGGCCCCCGAGGUGCUGGAGGCGCGACUGAAUCUGGAGAACGUGGAGUCCUUCAAGCAGACCGACAUUUACUCCCUGGCCCUGGUCCUGUGGGAGAUGACAUCGAGAUGUGAAGCCAUCGGAGAAGUGAAAGAGUACGAGCCUGCGUUCGGUUCUAAGGUGCGAGAGCACCCCUGUGUGGAGAGCAUGAAGGACAAUGUGCUGAGAGACCGAGGCCGACCCGAGAUCCCCGACAGCUGGAUCAAGCAUCAGGGCAUCGCGGUGAUCUGCGCCACGAUCAAGGAGUGCUGGGACCACGACCCCGAGGCCCGCCUCACCGCCCACUGCGUCGCAGAACGCAUCGCGGAAAUGGAGGAUGAGUUGGACAAACUGUCCAGCCGCAGCUCCUCGGCAGAGAAAAUACUGGAGGAGAUGAAGAUCCCGACAUCAGUGGAGAUCCCGGAAGAGGAAGUCAAAAUCAGUGAAAUACAGGACAUCAUAGCUUAGGACUGCUCUGGGAGAGGAAGCACGUUAUCUGUGCGAGCUCUCCACGAAUACUCUUCCACAGCUGCGCCGCUGGUUCUGGUUGUAUGGGGUUGAGGACGGGACGUCGAGGAGCUGAGCUCUCGCAGGACUUUGAGCCAGACUGAGCGUCAGUCACCGUCUACUCGUAGCCCAGCAAAGAUCAACUCUGGAUUGGUGCUUUUUGGUCUCCACCGCUUCCAAAGUGCAACGGCAGAAAUUAUCAGCAGAAAAGCUAUCGAGGUAAAAAAAACAGACAAACAAACAAAGUUAACUGGAAGCUUCUAAAGAUGUGUUGAGCAUAACAGUCACACAAGCCUUUCUCUGGACAUCAGGUCUCAGUAUGAGGCGUAACCAGGGCAAUACUUACUAAACCAAAGAUGUUUGACGUGCACUUUACCAUGACAUACUUACACAUUACACAUGUUUUUAUCAUUUCCACUUUUUUUUUAUUCUAACAUGCUUUCGCCUGAAGUGCCUUAAUGUUUUCAUAUUUGAGCCAAAGUGUCAGCAGAGAGGCCCCAUGGACACUACGGAUGCUGCAGACUCCAUCCCCACCAGCGGCUCCUCAGAGCACCAGCCUGCCACUGUGUCUGAGCGAGUAUCAGAAUGGGAAUAUGGGUGCUAAUCCUGUUUAUACUUAUGUUCAUCUUGUUUUCAGAAUAAACAAGCAAUGUAUAUACAGACAAUAAGUGUAAAUAUAUGUGUGAAAUCAGCCAAAAGGGAACGUAAUCCUACUACAGUGCUUUUUGUUUGUUUUUGAAUGCAAACGAUUUCAUAAAGAUGUAUAUCUUAACAGUGUUUGUUUGGUCUGUAUCAACAAGCAGUGUGCCAAAGAAAUGUUACCCUGCCUUAACAAUACUUUAUGUGUCAUAUGUAAGAUAUUGUAAAUGUUUUACAAAUUAAAGAUAUUUCUGUAUACUGA